AUGACUGGAAACAUAGCGGCCGGCUUUUCUCCUUCGCAACUACCCAUCCGCCACCAGCCCACGAACUACCAUGACCUCGAUGCGCAUCCUCCCCGUCGCGGGCCCACCGACAUGAGUCUUCCCGCACCUGCGAUUCCUCACUCCGAGGUGCCUACCCCGUCGAUGCCUACGCCGGUAAGGGCAGUCCAUGAUGGCCACGGCCACGGCUUCUAUGGGCAUCUCUUCGACAAUGUCGGGUCUCUCGGUUCCCAUACCGAGCCCUUCCCCUUACUCAACGAGUCACCCCUCGACUGCCCCGGGAUCGCCCAAGGCAUUUCUUGA